UCACAUAAGAAUAAGAGAAGGUUUCGUCCCGAGAGAAAACCCUAAGAAGACUCUAACAUAUAAAGAUAGCAACGCCUUCUCUCUCCGCCUCUUUACAAUUUUCAACACUCUCAAAGGCUCUCUCGCUCGCUCGUUGUCUCUCUCUCACUUUCGCGGUUUAGAUCUGAGUUUGGGGAGAUACAAGCUCCCCUAAGUUAACAACAAAGCACUCUACUUUCGCUACCAAAUCAAUUUCUCUCCAGUCAUGGCAGGAUCCGCACCAGAAGGAACACAGUUUGAUGCUCGUCAGUUCGACCAGAAGUUGAACGAAGUUCUCGAGGGACAAGAUGAGUUCUUCACCUCUUACGACGAGGUUCACGACAGCUUCGACGUCAUGGGUCUCCAAGAGAAUCUCCUCAGGGGCAUCUACGCUUAUGGUUUCGAGAAGCCAUCUGCUAUCCAGCAAAGAGGAAUCGUCCCGUUCUGCAAAGGCCUCGACGUGAUCCAACAAGCCCAAUCCGGAACCGGCAAAACCGCCACCUUCUGCUCCGGCGUCCUCCAGCAGCUGGACUUCGCCAUCGUCCAGUGCCAAGCCCUCGUCCUCGCUCCAACCAGAGAGCUCGCCCAGCAGAUCGAGAAGGUCAUGAGGGCACUCGGCGACUACCUCGGCGUCAAGGUCCACGCCUGCGUCGGCGGGACCAGCGUCCGCGAGGACCAGCGCAUCCUCCAGGCCGGCGUCCACGUCGUCGUCGGCACCCCGGGGCGUGUGUUCGACAUGCUGAAGAGGCAGUCCCUCCGCGCCGACAACAUCAAGAUGUUUGUUCUUGAUGAGGCUGACGAGAUGCUCUCUCGCGGGUUCAAGGACCAGAUCUACGACAUCUUCCAGCUUCUCCCACCAAAGAUCCAAGUCGGCGUGUUCUCGGCGACCAUGCCCCCGGAGGCUCUCGAGAUCACGAGGAAGUUCAUGAGCAAGCCGGUGAGGAUCCUGGUGAAGCGCGACGAGCUGACCUUGGAAGGUAUCAAGCAGUUUUACGUCAACGUUGAGAAGGAGGAUUGGAAGCUCGAGACGCUCUGCGACCUCUACGAGACGCUUGCCAUCACUCAGAGCGUCAUCUUCGUGAACACGAGGAGGAAGGUGGACUGGCUCACCGACAAGAUGAGGGGGCGUGACCACACUGUCUCGGCUACUCACGGAGACAUGGACCAGAACACGAGAGACAUCAUCAUGAGGGAGUUUAGGUCUGGCUCCUCGCGUGUGCUCAUCACCACUGAUCUCUUGGCUCGUGGGAUUGAUGUUCAGCAGGUGUCUUUGGUUAUCAACUACGAUCUGCCGACUCAGCCUGAGAACUACCUUCACCGUAUCGGAAGAAGUGGGAGGUUUGGGAGGAAAGGUGUGGCGAUCAACUUUGUGACCAAGGAUGAUGAGAGGAUGCUGUUUGAUAUCCAGAAGUUUUACAACGUUGUUGUUGAGGAGCUUCCUUCCAACGUUGCUGAUCUGCUUUGAGGGAGAGAAGAAAAGGUCUCUUUCUUGUUACACAAGGCACUCUUUGAUCUGAUUUUGAUACCUAUUAUCUCUCUUUCCAUCAGCGUUUAUUGUUCUCUCUCUUUAAAUUUCUAAGAACAUAUCUCUCUCUUUGUGGCAAUUUUUAUUUCUAAAAUCAUAUGGAGUAUUUUAUUUUCUUGUCUA